AUGUCUUCGAAUGAACUAGAGCAAGAUUACGAGCAGUUGAAACAACAUCACUUAAAGAAGAAAACACUUUUCAAAGAUAAAGAUUUUCCUAACAAUGACUACUUCAUUUACGACCUUGGCGUAUCACCAAGGGACUUAAAGUGGAAGCGUCCAGGAAACAUUGUCAAAAAGCCAAAGUUUUUUAGCGAUGGAGCACAGCGGUUUGACGUGCAGCAAGGCGAGAUUGGAGAUUGCUGGCUGCUGGCAGCUGUCGCAAACUUGACUCUUCACAAGGAGUACCUGGAGCACGUCGUGCCUAGUGGCCAAAGCUUUGAGAAAGGCGACUAUGCAGGCAUCUUCCAUUUUCGUUUUUGGCAGUACGGCAAGUGGGUCGACGUGGUCAUCGAUGAUCGUCUUCCCACUGCAAAGGGCCAACUGGUGUUGAUGCACUCAGCGGAGAACAAUGAAUUCUGGUCGGCGCUGCUGGAGAAGGCCUACGCCAAACUGCACGGCAGCUACAAAGCUCUGGUUGGAGGUCACACAGCAGAAGCCAUGGAAGAUUUCACAGGCGGCCUUUCAGAGCACUAUCUAGUUCAGGGGGAAAGCUGUCCAGCAAACCUGUUCAGCAUUCUGCAAACUGCCUACCAUCGUGGCUCUUUUAUUGGAUGCGCAAUUAACGCCAAAGCAACUUACCAGCAACGAGUUGCUUUGCAAUUGAAAGGCCUUUUUGAUCAACACGCCUACUCGAUUACUUCAGUGAAACAGGUGGUGCAGAUCAACCGUUCAGAAGAGCAGCAGGACUUUGAGGACACCAUAAAGCUAAUUCGAAUUCGCAAUCCAUGGGGCAAUGAAAAAGAGUGGAAUGGUCCUUGGAGUGACAGAUCAGCUGAAUGGGCCAGUGUGAGCUCGGCAGACAAAAAGCGGCUUGGCCUUUCAAUUGCUUCUGAUGGGGAAUUCUGGAUGUCAUUUGAAGAUUUUAAACGGUAUUUUGACGACGUUGAGGUCACCAACUUGUCACCUGACCAACUGGAGGAUAAAAUCAGCACUCGACGAUGGGAGGAAAAGUGUUUUGAAGGUCAGUGGGUUUCCGGUGUGAGCGCUGGUGGUAGCCGCAAGUUUCGCGACACCUUCUUCAUAAAUCCGCAGUACAUUGUCACGUUGAAUGACCCGGAUGAAGACGACGACGACGACCUGUGCACCUUUGUUGUGUCAGUAAUGCAGGAGUAUACCCGUAAAAAAGGCCUCGAAAACUUGAAAAUUGGGUUUUCCAUCUACAAGGUGAAAGAGUCACUUGCAGUUAGCCAAUCAAAGCCUGGCGCUCAAAUUUUUGAUGCCAAGUUUUUCCGAAAAAACAAUCUAGUGGCCGAAUCAGAGCAGGUUUAUCGUCGUGGAAUCUGUGAGCGCUUUCGUUUGAAGCCGGGUCGCUACUGCAUUGUACCUUCCACUUAUGAGCCUCAUCAAGAAAGAGAAUUCAUGAUUAGAUGCUUCACUGAAAAGGCAGUCAAAAGCACGCGCAAGAACGGCAAUUCGCUCAUUUCAAUGACGAGCAACAUNAACUAA